GAAUUCAGCUCUACUCUUCUUUUAAAGAGGAAGCAACGAGGAGAUGGGCUAUCAUCCCAAAAACUGAAGGGAAAUAACUUUGCUAUACCCUUCCCAACUGAUCCAGUGGGCUGAAUAUUUCUGCCAUGGACAAUUCCAAUUUUACCAUUACAGCGGCUUCUUGGGAUGAAAACUCAUCAAUCUCUGCUUCUGGGAACCUUUCUCUAGCUGCCACUCUUGGUCUGGAUUUCAGUGGUGUUCUGAUCCCUGUAGUAUAUCUCAUUGUCUGUGUAGUAGGACUAGCUGGAAAUUCUUUAGUCAUCUAUGUGGUUUUGUGCCAUUCAGUCAGUGAAUCUGUGACCAAUGUCUACAUUUUCAACUUGGCACUGGCAGAUGAACUCUUCAUGCUUGGUCUUCCCUUCUUGGCUGCACAAAAUGCAUUGUCCUAUUGGCCCUUUGGGUCAUUCAUGUGCCGGCUAGUCAUGGCUGUGGAUGCCAUCAACCAAUUUACUAGUAUUUUUUGCCUGACUGUGAUGAGUGUUGACCGCUACUUGGCUGUGGUACACCCAGGGAAAUCAUCAAAAUGGAGGACAGCACGAGUGGCCAAGGCUGUCAGUGCCACUGUGUGGGUGCUCUCUUCAGUAGUGGUACUACCAGUGGUGGUGUUUUCAGAAGUCCCUCAGGGCAUGAACACAUGCCACAUUAAGUGGCCUGAGCCUGCAUCAGUAUGGAAAACAGGAUUCAUUGUCUACACAGCUACACUUGGCUUCUUUGGACCACUGCUGGUCAUUUGCUUAUGUUACCUGCUUAUUGUUGUCAAGGUUCGGUCUUCAGGCAGAAAGGUACGAGCAGUGACAGACAAGCGCAAGCGAUCCGAACGAAGAGUCACACACAUGGUGGUAGCUGUAGUGGCUGUCUUUGUGCUCUGCUGGCUGCCUUUCUAUGUGCUCAAUAUCAUCAAUGUUAUCUGGACGUUGCCUGAGGAACCAUCUCUUUUUGGUAUCUACUUCCUCGUUGUAGUGCUGCCCUAUGCCAACAGCUGUGCCAAUCCCAUCAUCUAUGGCUUCCUCUCCUAUCGCUUCAAGCAAGGUUUCCGUAGGGCCAUCCUGAGACCUUCCCGUCGAGUGCAGAGCCAAGAUGUAGCAGCUGCAGAAAAUGCAGCAGAUAAAAUGGAGGAAGGGGAGGAAGAAGAGGAGGAUGAGGAGGAAGACAUGGAUGCAGAAGCAACUGAGGUCUGCAAGAUUGCCCAGAAUGGUAAUGGCAGGCAAGAGUGUCGUCCUAUCAGUAGGUCUGGAGGAAAAAAUGAACAGAAGCGGCUUCCUGAGGAGCCUGUUAGCUGUGAGAAACCCAGCAUCAUGAGCAUUAGCUACUUAUAAUGACUAGCAGGCAGCUUCAUUCUCUUUGAAAUUCUCUGGCUAAAAGCCACAUGGAGUAUCAAAUGAAGGGAUCAUAAGUCAAGAUGUUUCUAGAAGACAAACCUGAGAGCAAUGUGAAUCAAUAAAUGGCCAGUUUUAUAUCCCAAUGAAAGGUUUAAUAACAAUUUGCACUAACAACACCAGGAUCAUGGCCACUGCUGGUUAGGAGCAAAAGCGUCUGGGUUUGGUUGGAAACAAAGAUCCCUAAAGGUGACAUGAGUUACUGUAUACCUGUCAGCAUUUCACACUGAAAAAAGAAGCAAUUUAUUUAUAUCGGUUUUAUUGUCACACUAAGUGUCAUUCCACCUCAUGCCCACCCAUUAAAUACUGUAUCUUAGUGAAAAAAAUCUGAAUUAUGUUAUCUUGCAAUAAGCUGUGCUAAGGUGGCUUCUGAAGCUUGUAACUUGACCAUUAUCAUUUUCUAUAAAAAUAAAACAAUAAAUCUUAGUACAAUCUUCCCCAAGCAGAUACCUUUCAAAUGAGUAUGACUGCAAUGCCUAUAAUUCCCAAGCCAUGGAGGCAGAACUUAUGAGAUUUGGAGAUCUGGGAAAUAUGGAAGAGAGGUGUUCUUUAUCCUUCUGGCAGGCAGCUCACAGAAAUAUGGUUGGUGUACAUGACUGCUGGAUUAGAUAGGCCUUCAGACUGAUUCAGACUGUUUUUCUUUCUGGAGAGCACUGGAUUGAGGAAGGUUACUUUGAGAGAAUUUUAAUGACACGAUGACUUGGAUUAUAUUUCUUAAAGCAGGGUGGUUUUGGGAUCUCCUUUUCCCUUUUAAAAUCCUGAAUUUCAUUAACUGGAGCCAUGUACAAAAUAGUGGUGAGUGAACAGACAAGAGCUUGGUCAAGUUGCUGGGAUUUUGAACCACGGCUCCCAGAAUCCUGAUUUUGAGAGCUAUAGUUCAAAAAAGCAACUUUGCCAAACUUUGAAAGCUAUCUUCUAGGGCUGGGGAACAUGAUACUUCUGAGUUCAUGCACAGUACAGGAAUAUGUGUUUCAUACAAGAAUUUGUGCCUAGUGAACAAAUUUUUUCUCACUCCUUAAAUCAGUUCAGUACCUUGGAAAGGUCUUUUAAAGCUAGCCAAAACUUUGGCAGAUUCACCACUGCAUUGACAUGGGAGCCAUCAGCUGCCACUGUGUUCAUGCACAAAUCAGCUCCAGUCUGUCACCACGCUUUCUUGAUUGUAACAUUCUAAUUUAGGAGCAGGAAAGGAAGGUUCUUUUAUGUUUGUUGUUAAACUAUUAGGCAUGAGAAAUCUUUUCUGAUUUACCACAAAUCACCCAGAGAUCUACCAAGAGAUCCUGAUCAACCUUCUCCUUGGCCCAUCUUAAAGCACAUGUCCAGGUAGAGAAUGAGAGUUGGGUUUGUCCUGAGGCCCAAAUUCCAAAUUGUUAUUAGCGCUUAAUGGUUAAUAAACUAGACGUGCACUGUUAUCCCUCUUUAAUUAGAAAUACAUCCCAGUCCUAAUUAAAGGAGGAUAACCGUGAAUGGCUAGAAGAACAUCCCAAUUAGUUCAAGGAGGCCUUAACCCAUCAUCAUCGUGGCACAAAUGUGGUCCAUGGUAUCAGAGUUGGAGAUUCUGGGAGCUGUGCUCACAAAAAUUAUGUUUUCCCAGAUUUCUGUAGGAAUACAGUUGGAGUUACAGACAAGGGAAUGCCUGGUUCGCCUCGCCCCUCUUUUCUGGAAUUGUUUCCUUAUAGUAGUGUGGAUCACUGAGGUGGAGAAAUUUUAGGCUGGCCUAAUAGCAGCAAGCAGCUUCAUUUAUAUACCGCUUCAUACCACCUAAGCAGACCUAAGCAGUCUCUAAGCGGUUUAUAACUGUAA